AUGGAAAAAGAUAACUAUGUUGUAAAAGCUGGUAUUGAUACUUCUGAAUCAAUCGUAAUUUCACACAAGAUUGAUAUAGAUAAUCUCAAAGAAGAGAACACUUACCUUAAAUUUGAUAUAAUGCAACAAUUGAUGAUUGGUGCUGAACAACUCCAUGAAAGUCAUAGAAUAACCAUUAGUGUGUUGAAUAAACCUAAAGAUUUCACAGAUAUAUCUAAUGACAGAAUUGAUCAUGUAUACUGCUCAACUGAAUUAGCCAUACAAAGUAUUUCACAGUUCUCUAUUGCAACUGACCUAUCUGAUUAUCAUGUUCUUGUUACAUUCUUAGAAUAUUUACAAUUAUAUAAUAAUACUUUAACUUCUCCUAUUAAGAAAACAUCUUUUAAUAUUGAUUUAAUAACACAAGAAAAAUGGAAUAACUUCACUUCUCGCUCUGAUCAAUUAUUGGAAACUAGUCCUAUUAAAGACUUUGACAUCAAUUGUCUUCAAUCUAAAUCAAAUAUUAAUUUUUGUUGGAAUAUAUUUCAAUCCAUUAUAAUUACUGCAGCAAAAAAAACCAUUUCCAAUAAAUAA